AUGUCUCUAUGGGGUACUCCUGUUCUGCUCGUGAAGAAGAAGGAUGGUAUCUUGCGCCUCUGUAUUGAUUAUCGACAGCUGAAUAAAGGGACGGUUCAUAACAAGUAUCCGCUUUCUCGCAUCGAUGAUCUAUUCGAUCAGCUUCAAGAAGCCGCAUGCUUAUCCAAGAUUUAUUUGCGAUCAGGAAGCAAAGAGGAUCACGCGUGGUAUCUGAGGAUGGUAUUUCAAAAGUUGAGAGAGCAUCAGUUGUACACUAAGUUCUCCAAGUGUGGGUUUUGGUUACAAAGCGUUGCUUUACUAGGUUACUUUGUGUCUAGAGAGGGCAUUCAAGUGGAUCCUAAGAAAGUGGAGGUGGUGACUGACUGGUGGAGAGCAACCACGGUGACUGAGGUUCGUAGUUUUCUGGAUUUGGCAAGCUACUACAGUAAAGCGAAUGUCGUGGUAGAUGCCUUGAGCAGGAAGUCAGUAGGUAGUCUUGCUCAUAUCAGUUCAGAGAAGAGACCCCUAACCAAAGUGUUGCACGAAUUGUGCGACCAAAGGUUGCAGAUGGAGGUAUUGGAAUUAGGAGCAUUGUUAGCACAUUUCAGGGUUGGAUCUGUGCUUAUUGAUAGAAUCAGGACCACAGUUACGAAAAAUCUUGGAAGAAGUGUAGCAAGGCAGAAGAGUUAUGCAGACCCGAAGCGGAAGCACGUGGAAUUCAGUAAUAAGAAGUAUAUAUUCUUGAAGGUGUCCCCUAUGCAUGGUGUGAUGCGGUUUGGCAAGAUAGGCAAAUUGGCCCCUCGUUAUAUGGGACCCUUUGAGAUUAUAGAUAGGAUUGGAGAGCCUCAAUAUGUGGAAGUAGGUGAAGAUUUGAAUUACGAGGAGCAGCCGGUUAUGAUCGUGGAUACUCAAGUUCGCCAAUUGCACUCUAAGGUUAUACCGAUAGUUAAGUAUAACUCAUUUGGAAAAUUUCCUUUGCCUGAGGAAGGUCUCGGUCGAGUGUUGCUCUACAGGCUCGGCUUAUUUGGAAAUCAAGUAUCCAAGCUGGAUUUAAAGACCCUAGUUGAGCUUUGCUCUCUGGGUGCCAGACCUAUUGGGAUAAAAGAGCUGAAAGGCUACUAG